AUGGCCGCCGUGCUGAAUGAAAUACUGGACACAAAUAAAUCGCUGGCAAACAAAUUAACAGUUAAAUACUGUUUCAAUUUCAUAAUCGAAAAACACUGUGAAAACAGGGGAAUCAAUUUGAUUUCCUGUAAUCUGGCCUCUAAACUUGUGGAAAAUGAUGAUGACAUAAAAUACUCCUCAUUCAGAUUGUGUGUCCCGGCCGAGGAGUAUGGCAAGGUGAUGACUGCAUCAAACUGGCCUGCCUCAGUUGUCGUUCGUGAAUGGAUCUUCAAUAAAGAUAACACCAACUCUUCGAACACUCUGCCCAAUGCCACGACAAAUGCAUCUGCAAUGAAAGAUGUUAACAACACCGAAGAAAACAGCGGCGUCAGCAAAUCAGAUAUUUGA